AUGGAAGAAGAGAUUCUUGUGCUGGUUCAGAACGUACUGGGUCAAGCAACAAGGACUUUCACCCCAGGAGAGCGGGGGUUUGUGUCCAGCGUGUGUCCUUACGUCCCGUUAUUGCUGCGUGUCACAGAACCGCGGGAACGCUGGAGAGUGGGUCCGGUUCCCUCCAUCCUACUUGGCCUCAGUUGGGGUACCCAGGGUGACUUCACCACCACCCAGCCGUUACCUGCGGUGAAGGUGAAGCUGUUCACUGAGAGCACAGGGGUGUUGGCUCUGGAAGACAAGGAGCUGGGGAAGGUUGUGCUCCACCCAACUCCCAACAGUCCCAAGCAGUCAGAGCUCCACAAGAUGGCGGUGUCUAAAGGCUGUCCAGACAAUGACCUCAAGAUCAAACUGGCCAUUCGCAUGGACAAACCACAGAACAUGAAGCAUUGUGGGUACCUUUGGGCCAUCGGCAAAAACGUGUGGAAACGAUGGAAGAAGAGAUUCUUUGUGCUGGUUCAGGUGAGUCAGUACACCUUUGCCAUGUGCAGCUACAGAGAGAAGAAGGCCGAGCCGGUGGAGCUCCUCCAGCUGGACGGUUACACCGUGGACUACACCGACCCGCAGCCAGGUCUAGACGGCGGUCGCACGUUCUUCAACGCUGUGAAAGAGGGCGACACUGUGAUCUUUGCCAGUGACGAUGAGCAGGACCGGAUCCUAUGGGUACAGGCCAUGUACAGAGCUACCGGCCAGUCACACAAGCCAGUUCCUCCCACACAGGUCCAGAAACUCAACUCCAGGGGGGGCACAGCCCCUCAGCUCGAUGCACCAAUAUCUCAGUUCUAUGCUGAUCGAGCCCAGAAGCACGGCAUGGACGAGUUCAUUUCCGCCAACCCCUGCAACUUUGACCAUGGCUCGCUGUUUGAGCUGGUACAGCGCCUCACUCUGGACCACAGACUCAACGACUCCUACUCCUGCCUGGGCUGGUUUAGUCCCGGUCAGGUCUUUGUCUUAGAUGAGUACUGUGCUCGCUACGGCGUUCGAGGCUGCCAUCGGCAUUUAUGUUACCUGAGCGAUCUGUUGGAGAGGGCGGAGAACGGAGCCAUGAUCGACCCCACCCUGCUGCACUACAGCUUUGCCUUUUGUGCCUCCCAUGUUCAUGGAAACAGUCCACGUGUGUCUGAGUUGCUAAACUGGCCUGCAUCUGAGGCCGAACUUGAACGAGCCCUGCUCCUCUCUGCCCCUGGGCUUCCUGCCCAAACUGCUAAAAGAGAACUCAAAAUCAUUGAGUUCAUGAAGAAAAAGGACUUCAUGUCCCCACUUUUCUCAGGAACAAGAAGGCCUGAUGGUAUCGGCACGGUGACCGUGGAAGAGAAGGAUCACUUUGAGGAGAUCAAGGAGAGGCUACGGGUGCUUCUGGAGAACCAGAUCACACACUUCAGGUACUGCUUCCCAUUUGGACGGCCAGAGGGAGCGCUGAAAGCGACUCUGUCCUUGCUUGAAAGGGUUCUGAUGAAAGAUAUUGCAACUCUGGUUCCGCAAGAGGAAGUCAAGUCUGUGAUCCGUAAGUGUCUGGAGCAGGCAGCUCUGGUCAACUACCAACGCCUGUCAGAGUAUGCCAAACUGGAAGGGAAAAAGAGAGAGAUGUAUGAGCAUCCUGUCUUCUGCUUGGCGUCUCAAGUGAUGGAUUUAACCAUUCAGAAUGUAGGACGGUUAGUCACCCCGGCUAAAAAACUGGAGGACAAUAUUCGACUGGCCGAGCUGGUGAUUGAGGUGCUUCAACAGAAUGAGGAACACCAUGCAGAGGGAAAAGAGGCCUUUGCAUGGUGGUCAGACCUGAUGGUGGAGCAUGCCGAGACCUUCCUGUGUCUCUACUCGGCUGACAUGGACGCCGCUCUCGAGGUUCAGCCACCCGACAGCUGGGACAGUUUCCCCCUCUUCCAACUGCUCAACGACUUCCUAAGAAUGGACUACAACCUGUGCAAUGGGAAGUUCCACAAACACCUGCAGGACCUGUACGCCCCGCUGGUGGUGCGAUAUGUGGACCUGAUGGAGUCCUCCAUUGCUCAGUCCAUCCACAGAGGCUUUGAAAGGGAAUCCUGGGAACCUGUCAAUAAUGGCUCGGGGACGUCGGAGGAUCUCUUCUGGAAGCUGGAUGCUCUGCAGACCUUCAUCAGAGACCUCCACUGGCCAGAGGAGGAGUUUGGCAAACACCUGGAGACCCGACUCAAGCUGAUGUCCAGUGACAUGAUCGAAUCAUGUGUAAAACGGACACGGGCAGCGUUUGAGGCCAAGCUUCAGAAGAGCAGCCGGGCCACAGACUUCCGCGUGCCACAGUCAAUCUGCACCAUGUUCAACGUCAUGGUGGAUGCCAAGGCCCAGUCAGCCAAGCUGUGUGCCAUGGACCUGGGCCAGGAGUUUGUUAGAGACUGGAGACAAUACCAUUCCCAAAUUGACAAUCUCAUUGAAGAGACGGUGAAGGAGAUGAUAACCCUGCUAGUAGCAAAGUUCAUGGUCAUCCUAGAGAGUGUUCUGGCCAAGCUCUCCAGAUAUGACGAGGGAACACUCUUCUCUUCCUUCCUGUCUUUCACAGUGAAAGCUGCCUCCAAGUACGUGGAUGUGCCUAAGCCCGGGAUGGAUGUCGCCGACGGUUACGUGACAUUUGUUCGUCACUCCCAGGACAUGUUGCGGGAGAAGGUCAACGAAGAGGUGUACGUAGAGCGACUAUUUGAUCAAUGGUACACCAGCACUAUGAACCUGCUAGGAACAUGGCUGACUGACCGUAUGGACCUGCAGCUCCACCUUUAUCAGCUGAAGAUCCUCAUCAGGAUUGUCAAGAAAAAGUACCGUGACUUCCGUCUUCAAGGGGUGCUGGACUCCACGUUGAACAGCAAGAUGUAUGAGACAGUGAGAAACCGGCUAACCUUGGAAGAAGCCACUGCCUCGGUGAGGGAAGGAGGGAUGCAAGGCGUUUCCAUGAAGGACAGUGAUGAAGACAACUAGAUCAUGGGCCUGAAAACUACUAAGAAGUCAAAGCUUUUCAGAGGGGGAACCCAGGCAGCCAUGCCUACAGACUGGCCUAACGUCCAACUUUUCCCUUCCAUUCCUUUAUGUUUCCGGUUUUUUUUUCCAUUCCUGUAAUAGUUCCAUUUUGUUUCUACAAACACUUGCAACACACAAGGCUGUCCGAUCAAUGCUAUUCAUCUAGAAAUUCCCCAUGUAGGCUCAUCAAGCUUUAAUUCCUCAAAACUAAAACUCAAAUAUGGCCAGAAUAUCCAAAAGAGGCUAAAAUGUGACAGAAGUGUGAGACAAGCACAGAUGUGACCAUGAACGCCAUGCAAGGCGGCCUCCCAAAUACAAUGAGAAAGGCGGCAGGUGACUGCAUCUUUAUGCAGUUCUUUUAAAACAUGUACCUUCAUUUUGUGCAACCUGAACUGUCCACAGUCUUUGUUCUGGAGUUUUUCUGUUGCUUGUCGCAAAGACUGAAAAGUACAUUGAGCAGUCUCUUUACUUUACACUGUUCUGCUAGAGAAGAACUUAUGACACACUCAACUGAUCCAGGCCUCUAUACUGUGGUUCCAAGUGAAAUAGUGAAAUAGUGAAGUAGUGAAAUAGAUACAGGUGUCUUUUUUUUUUUUUUUAGUCUGCCAAUAUGCAUAAUGAACUUUUUAGUGUUGAAGUCAUAUUGUGAUUGAUCCAAAUGGCUCUGAUAGUUACUCGUUGGUUUAAGAUCCAAAACAACAAACAAAACAUUCAUAAAAUAUUUACCAAAUUACCCCUGAAUGUUCUCAAGCAACCCGUUCUCACUCCAAACUCAGAAAAUACGACGUUUGGACAGUGGCUGUCCGCGUCUGAUGCAACAAACCCUUCGACGUGUGUGUAGAACGUACCGGGGAGAGCAGCAUCUAGACGGGGUUUAGCGAGUAGUGUGUAAGGGCGAAAUUCCUCGUAGGGAGGUUGGUCGGGGGGGGGGGGUUGAUGGGUCAAACACAGGACUUUCACCCAGGAGAGCGUUGUUUGUGUUCCGCUUGUGUCCUUUACCGUCCUGUUGCCAUGUGUCACGGGACCAUUAGCCCACCCACAAACUUUCCUUUAACCUAACAGUCAAAAGGGACGACAAAAGUCCCGACCAAGCGCGUGUUAUAUGACGCUAAAGGAGACGACCGUCGCGUGUUAUAUGACACUAAAGGAGACGACCGUCGCGUGUUAUAUGACGCUAAAGGAGACGACCAAGCGCGUCUCCUUUAGCGUCAAUAACAACGACAAAGGCACCUGACCAAGCGCCCGUAUUUUCCGAGAUGGGAGUGAGAAUGUGUUGUCUCAAGCAAUGUGGUUGACUGUUUUGUUAUCAAGUUAUAACCAAGGCUACACAUUUGUCUGUAUGCUAAAAACAUGUGCAGUUGCAUUGUUGUAAAAGGUGUAAAUAUGUAUUUGGUAAUGGGUUUGCAUCAUGUUUCAACCAAACAAAAUGUUUAAAGUGCUCAUAU